CUCCUCCAUCUUUCCCCUCUCUCUCGUCGAUCCGUUCGCCCUUGUGUCUUCCCCUCGCUCGCUUUCUUCCCCUCUUUCGUUACACCACGCGCGGUUCCUCUUCAUAGCUUUACGUGUUCCUUCGAAAAUGCAGCAGCAGCAGCAGCAGCAGCAGCACCCGCCGCCACCGCCUCCUUUGGCUCUCCCGUCCCCCAUCGUCCCACUCUCCGCCUCUCCUUCUUCCAUAACCUCUACCUCGUCAGUACCCGUUCAGCCGCCGCCGCCCGCGAGUCAACCAGCACCGGCCCCUGGUGUCACCACCAGCAGUAACAGCACUACCGCUAAUCCCAGCGGGACGCUCGCUUCGUCUAUCUGGGCUCCACAGCCGCAUGCAGGCGACCCCAUGUGGCCACGUGCGCUGGAUGCGUACGUUUCGCACCAUCAGCAGCAGCAGGGCUUCAGUCUCGGUGUGAAUCCACCUGCGGGUACUGGAAAUGGAAGGCGGUACGCGCCUGCGCCGGGAUACGGAGCAAUCGGCGGCGGUAUGGUCGGUGGAGACGAGACCAGCAUGAGCAUGGGUAUGAUGAGUCUCCGGGACGAUUCGAGUCACGUCGAGCAACUCCUGCGCACGCUCAACCUCAACUCGCCGUCCCCACCGCCGUCGAUGCACCAGGGACAGCCGAACCAGCAACUUACGUCUCCCCGCCAUCCAGUGCACGGCUAUGCGCCCCAGCUCUCUUAUUCUCCGCAUCGACUUCAAUCUCAAGCUCAACCUCAAACGCCCGGCUCAGCGCGGUCCUCCUCUUCCUCGUCGCCCAGCAGCGCCGGCAAGCGCGGCAAGCCUCCGAUGCUCGAUCUGAGCUUCGCGUCGUCGACCACCUCCACGUCAUCGUCUUCCGGCGCGAACACCUCUGGUUCCGGCUCCUUCUGCUUGUCGUCCGACUCGAACACGAGCGGGACGUCCGGUACGAGUGGGGAUGAGGAGGGUGGAUGCUUUGCGUAUGGGGGUAUGAAUGUCGGGACCGGGAUGGGUGCCGCGCCGGUGUCGCCCGGGUAUGUGUAUCAGCAGCAGCAGAUCCAGCAGCAGAUCCAGCAGGAGCGGCAGCAGCAUGUUCCCAUGGGUGCAUACACUCAGCACCAGGUCCAGCAGCAGCAACCGGACUCGCCGGCGUCGGACCUGUCUCCGUUGGCGCUGCUUACGCCGCUAGAUUCGCCUGGGCUGGGCGGCAGCGCCGGGUUCUCCGUGGGCACUGGGAUCGGUGGGCCAGGAAUGGGCUUGGGCUUGGGCGGAUUGGGGGGCUCCCUCGGCUCACCCACGAGCCAUGGACUCGGACUCGGCCAGCUUUCGCCGCCAGCGUCCUAUCCUUACCUCAAGGAGCGACUCUACACUACCGGCAACAACCAUCACUACGGCGUGAACAACAACGCAUACGAGCUGGAUCCGCCGUCGCCGGGUCUUUUGUCGGGACUGCCGCCGCUGACCAGCACUGGCUCUGGUCUGGGAUCGUUCGGCUCUGGAGCUGCUUUGGGUGGGCGGUACGGAUCGGUGUCGUCUGUUCCACUUACCCCGCCUGGUCUCGGGUUGGGGAUGGGAUUGGGGCGGGACAGUGGGGAGAGCGGACUGGGGAUGGGAUUGAGUGCCAGUAUCCACGCCAAUAAUGGGCCGGAUCUCCGCCAAGAGAAUGCCUUGUUUGGGUCGGAGUACCUCGGACGACGGGGAGCGGCAGCACGCCUGCACCAUCAGCCACAGGGCGAUUGGAUCCGGACGAGAGAGUUUCUGGAGGGGGGUGCUGCAGAACAUCAGAGGAAGAACCAGAUCUCCUCGGACUGGGAUGCGUUUGGAGUGGGGCAUGUCAGAGAGCGGACUGGCGCUGAGCCGAUCAACUUUCUGUCUCUGCUGCACCCGUCCUCCUCGCCGCCGUACGCGUCCUUCGUGUCGCGGAUCAUCAAGAGCGCCGACCAGCAAGCCAGUAUAUUCUUGCAACAGAAGCUGAAGGUGGCGGGGCCUGAGGAGCGGGGGCGUAUCGUGGACGCGAUCUGCGCGCGCGGUGCGGAGAUGAUGAUGCAUCGGUUUGGAAACUGGGCUGUGCAGCGCUGCCUCGAGGCGGCGGGCAGCGCGGACGAGCGCAGGCGGAUUGUCGGGUGUAUGCGUGGCCGGGUGGUGGAUCUCGCGACCAAUUGCUACGGGUGCCACGUGCUGCAGAAGGCACUAGACUGCGACGAGGAGGACGUGCGGCUGCUGAUUGUUUCUGAGCUGCUGCUGGGCGAUCCGGCUGCGACGCUGGUGAACAAGCACGCCUCGCAUGUCUGGAGCAAGGUCAUGGAGCUCUCCUGGACCCCGCCCGCCCCGCCCAUCUUUGCCUACGUCAACAAAGCUCUCAAGGGCAAGUGGGCCGCGCUUGCCUGCCAUGAGACCGGGUCGCUGGUUGUCCAGCACGCUUUUGAGAAUCUGGAAGAUGCUGCGAAGGACGGCAUCGUGGAUGAGCUGUUGGGACAGGGGCCCGCCGUGUUUUCGGAGGUUGCCAAGAGCCAAUGGGGCGCGUAUUGCGUCCAGCACAUUCUGGAACACGGCUCGCAGCAGCACCGGCUCAAGACACUCGAGCAUCUUCUGGGCGGGCUGCUCGAGUUUGCGACGAACGAGCAGGGAAGCAAGAGCGUCAUGAAGGCGCUCAAGGAGGGUGGCAAGGACACCCUCGACCGUAUCGUUCAGCGCAUGUGCGAGCCUGCCAAGGGUGCCUCGCGUCGUGCUCUGAUCGUCGACCUCGCCCUGUCGCUCACCGGGAGCCAGCUCAUCGCCAGCGUCCUGCCCGCUGCGGACAAGGAUCAGCGUGCCCUGCUCUACGAUUGUAUCCGUGGUCACAUCGUCACGCUCCGUGGCUGCAAGACUGGGUCCAAGGUCAUCUGGUUGUUUGACCGGAUGCGUGCUUACUACGGGUAUUGAGUGGAUACGCUCGCCCAACUUCUUAUCUCGGUCUCCUUGCAUCAGAACUCGACUGGAACUUGCUUUGUUUUUACUCAUCGAACGAUAUUGGAAUCAUGCAUCGUCUGCCACAUCUGCGUUUUGCUCCCAUGCGCACCGGUUUAUCUUUUACUCAUCAUCAUCAUCAUCACGAACUGUCUUCGCAUCAUCAUCAUGAACUGUCUCCGCAUCAUCCUGAAUUCGCAUCCAUCGUACUUAUCACAUACAUACAGAAAUAAUGCAUACAUUCUCAUACAUACAUAACAUACAUACUUAGAUACAGUUAUCAGUUACAGUCAGCUAGUUAGCCAAGUACGUCCCAAGUAGAAAUCCAGAGCCAUUGCUUGCCAUGUA